AUAAACCUCAUUAAAUGCAAAGUCCGCCACGAUGAUCCAGCCAUCUACGCAGAGCGUCAGCCAUACAGAAAAAAGCCACUGUUUACGCACUAUUUACAUCCAUUAUAUAUGUAAAUUAAUCUCUUUGUUGAAACAACAUAUGUAUCAAUCCAGUAUUACAUCGAAACAGAUAUAUACGUAAACGUACCUUGCAGAUUAGGCACAAUCAAAUUGAAUAUCUGUUUCACUACACUAGCCGCUAGCCUAGCGGAAGCGCGCGCGUUGGCAAUAUAUAUAAUAGCGGGAAUUUCAAAACGAUCCGGAACGAAACAGUUUCAAUAAUUUUUAUUCAUUACCUACUUACCUACCUACUCUAAAUUUAUUAAAUACUGUGAUUAUAUAAUGUCUAGCACUAACAUUGAAUCUUUAAAAUGUAAACUGAAGUCUGUCAAAAAAAUGAAACUACAGAAAGAGUCCCAGGUGUACAAACUUCGAAAUGUUGAACGUUCAGUAUCUGAAGAGCUAUCGACAAUAAAAACUGAAAUUACGUUUAUUCAAGAGCAGCUAGAGGAAUUAAAAGACACAUUGACCCAGAUUAAUCAUCAGAUAAAUAUGAUCGAUAUUUGUAAAGCAUCAGAAAUUACUAAAAUACAGAUGCAAAAAGACAAUUUGGAGGAACACAAAAAGGGGUUCCAAUGUUUGUUUGAUAAAGAACGUCGUCUAUCCGAAGUUCACAACAAGGAACUACAAGAAAGAGACGCAGUAGAGCUUGAGACAAGGAAACAGAAGGAAGAACAGAUAACUGAGAAGAACGAGCAGCAAGCUCGUGAAGCGGCCGCACUUGAGAAAGAAUGUGAAGCUUUCGACAGAGAAUGCUCCGUGUUGAAAAAAAGAAAUACUGCCAUUAUGCUAAAAUUAAGGCGGAAAUUAGUGGAGACAGAAAACAUGAGACGAGAUUUAAUGAAGAAGAAAGAUGUGGCAGUAUGCAAUUCAAUGGAUGCUGUUGAAUAAAUGAGAAAAUUUGUGUAAUUUUAAUAACCUAGUUGGAAUACUUGUCAUUAUUUGUAUAGUCAUAUGGACAAACAUACCCGCAGACCCGGCGCUACAUUCGCUGACAACAACGUAGCCGAUCUAUUAUUGACGUCCAUGUGUAAUCCUUCGCGGCGCGAACUCUACAUUUCAAUGCCCGGUCGCCCGGAAAAUAA